GCGCGUAAAAAAAACAAGUGACUAGUGAGCGUCUCUCUAACGUUGGUUCGAUAUCUCUGAUUUAUUCCUCAAUAUUAUUCUCUCAGCUCUCUUUCUCUCUCUCUGGAAAUCGUUUUCUGUUCUGAGCAACGGAGAGAGAAAAAUGUCUUCCAAGGACAAGAAACCGGCGAGGCCAUCGAGUAGUCGAGUUGGUAAAAUCCGUACUCUUUCCGAUCUUAAUCGAAGGUCUGGACCGGACUCCGACAGUGAUUCCGACGGACCUCAAGAAUACUACACCGGCGGCGAGAAAAGUGGUAUGCUUGUUCAAGAUCCUUCGAAAAAGGAUGAUGUUGAUGAGAUAUUCAAUCAAGCUAGACAGCUAGGAGCUGUGGAAGGACCUCUUGAAACUCCUUCAAGCUCUAGGAGCUUCACUGGAACAGGGAGAUCGCUUUCAGGAGAAAGCGUUUCAACGGCUCUUCAACAGCCUGAGCCUGUAGUUCACAACAUUGUUUUCUGGUCUAAUGGAUUCACCAUAGAUGAUGGCCCUUUGAGGAAGCUGGAUGAUCCAGAGAAUGCAUCUUUUCUCGAGAGCAUUCGAAAGUCUGAGUGCCCGAAAGAGCUUGAGCCUGCAGAUAAAAGAGCUCCGGUACAUGUCAAUCUGAUGCGAAGGGAAGAGAAAUGCCCCGAACGAGAGAAGCAGCGUAGGGUUUCGUUUCAAGGUGUUGGAAGGACUCUAGGUGGUAGCAACGACAUCACUGGAAGCAGCUCACCAAUGGCUCCAGAUUCCAUCCAAACCAACCAAACCGAUGUAGCAGCACCAUCUCCAGUUAUGGUGAUUGAUGAAACACUUCCGACCACAUCGAUCCAGAUUAGACUAGCGGAUGGGAACCGCCUAGUGGCUAAGUUCAAUCACCAUCACACGAUCAACGACAUUCGUGCUUUCGUUGAUUCUUCUCGACCUGGAUCACCUGUGAACUACCAGCUUCAGACAAUGGGAUUCCCACCUAAGCCCUUGACUGAUCUCACUCAGACUAUUGAACAAGCAGGUCUCGCCAACUCUGUGGUUCUUCAGAAAUUCUAGAAGUUCUUCUAGAAGGUUGGUUCUUGUUUUUUUGUUCUAUCUAUAUAUAUGCAUUAUUAUGAGAUUUUCAUAACUGUUAUUUGUAACCAGAAAAAAUUGUUGGCUUGUAAGUUACUUCGUAUACGCAGCAUAAAUGGGGUCUCUCAUAUAUGGGAAGAACAGACACUAUAGAUUUUCCUAAUUUAUCAAAAAAUAAAUAUUUU